UCAUGCUGCUGCCAAGUCCAGAGUCUGUCAUGGGUCCCUGUACGGCCUCCCAUUGCUGCUGUCUCCAUCGCCACACUCUGCCAUGUGCCACUUUCAGGUCUCCUCACACUGCUGGUGUGUUCCAUUUUUUGUCAUAGGGUGCUGGCAGAUUACGGGCCUCCCAUAGCUGCUGCCAGGCCCCUAAUCUGCCAUGGGCCCCUAUACCGCCUCCUCAUGCUGCUGCCAGGUCCAGAGUCUCUCAUGGGUCCCUGUACGGCCUCCCAUUGCUGCUGUCUCCAUCGCCACACUCUGCCAUGUGCCACUUUCAGGUCUCCUCACACUGCUGGUGUGUUCCAUUUU